AAACAAUCUGAGAGCCGGCAGUGAACGCUCCUACUCCUAGUCUCUUUUGACUCUCAGUCUCAGCUCAGGCUAACACACUGACCGGCGCCGAAGCUCGAAAAAAUGCCGACGGCCAAUACAGAAGAGGAAAACAGCAAAAGCGAACUGCAGAAGAAUCACGGCGGCGGAGGAGGGUUCACUCGAUGGGCGGUGGUCGCCGUGAUCUUCCGUCUAGCUCUCAUUUACUUCCCGGGGAAUCUCAACCUGUCUUCUCGUCCGGAAGUCUCCACUCCCCUCACAUCCAUUCGUCGCCUGGCAGAGGGGUACUGGUUGAAGCAAUCAUCAAUGUCUCCUUAUGCAGGAUCUAUGUACCAUGGCUCUCCAUUGCUGCUCUCUGUUCUUGGGCCUCUCACUGUCAAAAGAAUUGAAGGACAGCCCAGUCACAUUUUAUGCAGUUUGGUUUUUGUUCUUGCAGACUUGAUCAGUUCUAUUCUGAUUCGUGCUACUGGUCGGAAGCUACAGAUAGCGUAUAGAAAAAGCUUGAAAUCACUUAAUCUGCUGAAUAAAUCCACAGAUUCAGGUGCACUUUCUUCUGGAGAUAUUGCUGCUCUGGUAUACUUAUGGAAUCCUUUCACGAUAGUUGCUUGUGUGGGUUUGUCCACAUCUCCUGUAGAAAACCUUUUCACUAUACUGACCCUUUAUGGAGCUGCUACUGGACUAGCACCUCUGGCAGCUUUUGGCUGGGUCAUGGCCACGCAUUUGUCUUUAUACCCUGCAAUCCUAAUUAUUCCGGUAAACCUCUCCUAUUCUGGUUCUUGGUUUUAUCCCCCCGCUCCUCUCUCUCCGGAGUACACAUAUGCUCCUCCUAGUAAGUUAUUCAGAAGCAAGGAACAUGGUAAAGUUGGAGACGGCAAAUCAAGCCAGGAAAUCAUAUUUUCAUGGAGAAGAGUCUUUCAUUUGUUAGUUUGGACUUCCUUGUGGUCAGUUUAUGUGUUGGUUCUAUGCAGCAUAUCAGUCAAGCAGCAUGGCAGUCUGCAGGAAAUGUUUCAAAGAACGUAUGGGUUCAUACUUACAGUGGAAGAUUUGUCCCCAAAUAUAGGGGUUUUGUGGUACUUCUUUGCUGAAGUUUUCGACUUCUUCCGGGAUUUCUUUUUGAUUGUGUUCCAUUCAAAUAUAUUAUUCAUGAUACUUCCAUUGGCCAUACGGCUAAAGCACCGACCUUGCUUCCUUGCUUUUGUCUACAUUGCCAUUUCUUCAAUGCUUAAAUCAUAUCCCUCGGUAAGUAAUCCAUACUAUGUUUGAAAACUAUGCUCUCUUUUGUAUUUUGUUUGUGCAUAUGAUAAAGUUUCGGUUUUUAUCCCUCAUUGAGAGAAUGACGAGUUCAUUACAAACACAUAGCUUUGUUAUUAUUGACAAUAUAGUUAAUAACAUAUUGCUACUGUCUUUGCUGCUCAUUUAAUCAGGUUGGCGACUCUGCUUUAUACCUAGGUCUCUUGGGUUUGUUUCUUGAUGAAUUAGCCGAUAUGCAGUUCUCUUUCUUCCUCUUCUGUGGAUAUGUUGGGGUGUCCCUACUUAGCCCGGUGAUGCACAAUCUUUGGAUUUGGCGGGGCACUGGCAAUGCAAACUUCUACUAUGCAACUGCAAUGGCUUAUGCUUGCUUCCAGAUUGUUUUGGUGGUGGAGAGUGUAAGUUCCAUGCUCAACCACGACAGGAAGCUAACAAAGCUCUCUACCUCAAAACUUCAAAAGUAGAAUGCUUUAAAAGCUCCCCUUGUAACCUUCUUCUCAUACAUUAUACCCCGCAAUGAUCCAAGUGGACAUCGCGACCAGCAGCGCAAUUUCCCUGAAAGGAGCCCUCCUUCUGACACACAAGGUUCACCCCAUUCUUACUUCUAUUGCAUACUGAAAAAGUUUGGAUCUUUAAGUUAGUGGCUCAGAAGUUUAGAGUGCUUGUUUAACUGGGAACGGCAUAGUGACUGAACUUGCUAGGAUUCACAGCAAGUGCUUGAUUUUGCUUGGCUAGUAGUUCCUGUAUCUGGCCCUUCGUCUUACCUUUCUUCUUUAUGUUGUAGUUUGUGACUGUGCAUGAUGCGAUAUCGAUAUUGUCUGUUAUGGAUUAUCAAUAUUGUAAGAGGCUAAGAGCACAUAAGCGUCACAUUGUAGUUAUCCACUUCAAGAAGUUUGCGCGUUUGGUUUUGGG